GUUAAGUUGUCAGUUGUUGUAAAUGAAGACCGGGUGAAAAGAAACGUCGCGCUUCGCGAAAUGACAGCCGUUGAUUCUAUCGACGCUCUAAAAAAGGACUUGGAGUUUGCAAAGGAGAAAUUAAAAAUAGUAGAUGAUGAUAUCAAAAGGAUAACAGGUCGAGACCCAUCUGAGAGGCGCAUAGGAGAUGCAAAUGCCAGACGCAUGCGUAACCGAAAUGUUGGGAGUAAUACUACAAGGUUUGUUUCACUUUUCACAGUUUAAUAGAAAUAGGCCAGAUGCAUUGGACAAGGUAAACGAUGAUGAAAUCUUUCAGGAUGUUAAAAGAUUAAUCGAUGAUGACUUAAGGGUCUCUGUUGCCUCCUCUGUCGUGCGUGUCACUGACACCCGUUCUCGGCAAGAUGCAGCAAAGGAACUUAAGAAAUCAGACAAAGAAAGAGGACGUCGUAUGCUUGGUAUCCUUCAAGGAACAUUGAAACAGUUUCAAGCUGAAUCUGCAGCCGCUGUGAAGAAACCACAGAUGGAGAAACGACGUCAAAUUGAUGCUAAAUUAGAAGCUCGUGAAAGAGAAGAAAAGGAGAAUCUACGUCGUGAACGUGCUGAACUAUUUCGCGCCCGAAGAGAACAUCAUAUUGAGGUCAGCAUCUUACAACAAAAAAUGAGAAUAUUAAAGAAGUUUGAGAUAUGGAAAGAACAACAAGAAAAGAUGAAAGGUUUUUGUCGGACUUCCAAACAACCAUUUGUAUUCUUUCGUCCAAAAAUUCAAAAUGAAGAGUCUAAAUGGCGUAUGGAAAUGACAAGCCGAGCUAUAGAUGCGCUUAUUGAACGUCGCCGGAAGAAACUUGAAACAGAAUUUGAAGAAACCUUACAGGCGGCGACACGUCGUCGUUUACCUUCAGCUGUUAAUGAUCUAUCGGAUAAUAAUAAUACUAACAGAGUGAAUAAAAUUGAUGGAUCAACAGCGAAAAACAGUCGAAAUGAUUUUCUGAGUGGUGAUACUACUAAUACCAAUACUACUGAACGUUGGUCCCCAUUGAAUAAAAUAACAAUGGAAUCUAAGCCUGAUAAUUUGAAAAGUUUUAAAAGUGAACUGUCAUCUACCUCAAAUCAUCAUCUAUCAAAAGAUGUAUUUAAUAAAUUCUCAGAUAAUAGCUAUAAUAACAAUAAUAAUUCUCAUCGUGAAGACUUAGAAGCUGGUGAACUAUCCGAUGGUGGCGGUAGUGAGACAUUCGCUUUAGGCGAUGAACCUCAACUAAUAGAAGAAGAUCAACAUCAAGCUGUGUAUACAGAAUCUUCACGACACAGUAGUGAACAACGACAAAAACGUCCCAGUAAUCAGUUAUCACCAGGCAGUAGUUCACUACAAGUUCCUGCUAAACGCAAGUUAUCCUCUGUUGAUGAAUCCUAUACUCAUCCAUCCCGUACUGGUGAUAACGCUUAUAAUAAUAAUAAUAAUAAUGAUGGUGAUGAUGAUGAUGAAAAUGACAAGGGCAAAAGAUGAUUUGAUCUGAUUGAGACUGAUGUAUUCUAAUUUUUAUUAAAGUUUAUACUUCGCCAUGGUUUUCAACACUCCUUAUUUUUCCUUUGCUCUUCCUCCCCCCUUUUUCUUCCUUACCUUUCUCUCAUCUGUCAUCCCUUUAAUCUGCUUCCGCAUCUUUCCAAUAUGGAGGGUGAGGAAGUGGAAGCAAGUAUGUAUGUAUAUUAAGAUCCUUGUGUUUAAUUCUCUUUAUUUCACUUGUGUUUUCUUGUCUAACAACACAGCGAAUUAUCAUUAUCAUUGAAUAUCUUACGAAGAUGUGUAUUUCUUUCGUAAGCUUUGUAUUUUAACCUGGCUUAAUAUAUAUAGCAGUAAUUAUGUGAUCAUUGUAUUUUAGUCUUUUACUCUCUGUAUGGGAUUGUUGAGAAAGUAGUAUGAUGUUAUUUUAUGUAAACUAUGCAGGCUUUCAGUGUUGUUGGCCUGUGUGUUAGUUUGUUUUUGUUGUUAAAUAUUAUGACUACUGAUUGGUGUAAACG